AUGAGAGUUCUUUACUCACUAAGUCCUCUGCUACUCGGUGGACUUGUAACAGCCGCAACUGGUCACUUUUGUGAGGUGUAUACAGUGAAGGACGAUGAUUCGUGCUUCAGCAUUACACAAGAGACCAAUGUUACAUAUGCUCAGAUCAUUUCCUGGAACUCCCAGGUUGACAAGCAGUGUGCAAACCUUGGAGAACUUGUAGGCGAUAAACUCUGUAUCACCAACCCUGAUGGCGACUACUCGAUCCCGGAAAACUCUCACGGAGCUGUUGAGAUCGCCACAACUACUGCACCAGUUCCAAAGCCCACUCCUGAUCGAACAUCAGGCAGAUGUGCUGAGUAUCAUCUCGUCACUGCAGGGGAGGACUGUGGCGACUUCACGCUCAAAUAUGAGAUUACUCUCAAAGAUUUCAUCUUCUUGAACCCCCAUGUCAGGGAGAACUGCACCAAUGUAUACAAGGACUAUUACUAUUGUGUUCGUCCUGUGGGAUACAUCUCGACGUAUCCUGGCUAUCUUCCCACAACAGUUGCAGACGACCGCUGGGUUCCGGUAACAGGCACGCCGGUUCCUAUCGGUCGUGGUUCUCCGUUUGACAAUCUCAAGCCAGGUCCAACUAUUCCAAUUGCAAUUGGCACGCGUCAAGAUUGUAACCAGUACUUCUUCAUCCUAAAUACCGCAGAGGCACCCUUGGCAGCCGAUUGUUGGGGCCUGGCAACCGGAUGGGAUAUCACUCCUGAGGAAUUCAUUCUCUGGAAUCCCUCACUGGAUGAGAGCUCGAAGAAGGGUUCAGGCUCCAACUCGUAUAACUAUCCCUGCACCCUGUCGGAGAGCGUUUCUUACUGUGUUGCACUCGAAUCCGCUACUGCAGUCCCCGGCCCAAGAAAAGAAGAGCCCCCCCCUAAUCCGCGUGCAGCCGACGAGGUGCAAAACUGCACCUCUUGGUUCGCUGCAAAGACUGGAUGGUCAUGUGAGGACCUUCUCUUGACAAAACAUCUUGACAUCGAGGAUUUCUAUAGCAUGAAUUCGUCUGUCAAGGCCCCCCCAGGCAUGGAUGAUGAUGAUGAUUAUGAUGAUGAGGACGACGACGACGAUGAUGAUGAUAUCCCUACCACGACUGCCGCUACGACCACAAAGCUCCCUAGUCCUACUCCUAUACAGGAGGGCAUGGUUGGCAAACUACAGCAAGUUCCACUCGGUCAAAGACACGACAACCUGGGUAUCUGUGUCUGUGUUGGUGUGAUUGAAUCGUCAACUCACCCGACAUCUACUUCUACAAAGACCACAGCCAAGUCGCCAACAAACGGUGUUAGCACACCCACAUCUAUACAAUCCGGGAUGGUAUCCAAUGGCAACAAGUUUCACUUUAUCAAGAGUACGACAACUUGCCAGGGCAUUGUGGACUAUGACAAGAUCACCAUCAAGCAGUUCUACAAAUGGAACCCUGCAGUUAAGAGCGAUUGCAGUGGACUUUGGACUACGACAUGGGCAUGCGUGGCUAGUUAG